GAUGGGAUGCGUGAAGUCCAAGUUCCUUCGAGAUGGAAGCAAGGCCUUGAAAACAGAGCCAAGUGCCAAUCAGAAGGGUACUGUGUAUGUGCCAGAUCCCUCGUCCUCCAGCAAGCUGGGGCCAAGCAACAGCAACAGCAUGCCCCCAGGGCUUGUGGAGGGCUCUGAGGACACCGUUGUGGUCGCACUUUAUGACUAUGAAGCCAUUCACCGUGAAGACCUCAGCUUCCAGAAAGGAGACCAGAUGGUGGUCCUGGAGGAGUCUGGGGAGUGGUGGAGGGCACGAUCCCUGGCUACCCGGAAAGAAGGCUACAUCCCAAGCAACUAUGUGGCUCGUGUGAACUCUUUGGAGACGGAGGAGUGGUUCUUCAAGGGUAUCAGCCGGAAGGAUGCAGAGCGCCACCUCCUGGCUCCCGGCAAUGUGCUAGGCUCCUUCAUGAUCAGGGACAGUGAGACCACCAAAGGGAGCUACUCGUUGUCUGUUCGAGACUACGACCCCCAGCACGGGGACACUGUGAAGCAUUAUAAGAUCCGGACACUGGACAGUGGAGGCUUCUACAUCUCUCCGAGGAGUACCUUCAACAGCCUGCAGGAACUUGUGGCCCACUACAAGAAGGGGAAGGACGGGCUCUGCCAGAAGCUGUCAGUGCCAUGUGUGUCUCCCAAACCCCAGAAGCCAUGGGAGAAAGAUGCCUGGGAGAUUCCUCGAGAAUCCCUCCAGAUGGAGAAGAAACUUGGCGCUGGGCAGUUUGGAGAAGUGUGGAUGGCCACCUACAACAAGCACACCAAAGUGGCAGUGAAGACCAUGAAGCCAGGGAGCAUGUCUGUGGAAGCCUUCCUGGCGGAGGCCAACCUGAUGAAGACGCUGCAGCACGAUAAGCUGGUGAAGCUGCAUGCCGUGGUCACUCAGGAGCCCAUCUUUAUUGUCACCGAGUUCAUGGCCAAAGGAAGCCUGCUGGAGUUUCUCAAGAGUGAAGAAGGUAGCAAGCAGCCGUUGCCAAAACUCAUUGACUUCUCAGCCCAGAUUUCGGAGGGCAUGGCCUUCAUUGAGCAGAGGAACUACAUCCACCGAGACCUCCGUGCUGCCAACAUCUUGGUCUCCGCAUCCCUGGUGUGUAAGAUUGCUGACUUUGGCCUGGCACGGAUCAUCGAGGACAAUGAGUACACAGCCCGGGAAGGAGCCAAGUUCCCCAUCAAGUGGACAGCUCCUGAAGCCAUCAACUUUGGUUCCUUCACCAUCAAGUCAGACGUCUGGUCCUUUGGUAUCCUGCUGAUGGAAAUUGUCACCUAUGGCCGGAUCCCUUACCCAGGCAUGUCAAACCCAGAGGUGAUCCGGGCACUAGAGCAUGGGUACCGAAUGCCUCGACCAGAGCACUGCCCAGAAGAGCUUUAUAGCAUCAUGACCCGGUGCUGGAAGAACCGACCAGAGGAACGGCCCACCUUCGAAUACAUCCAAAGUGUGCUGGAUGAUUUCUACACGGCCACUGAGAGCCAGUAUCAGCAGCAGCCUUGAUGGGCAGGACAUGAGCAGAGCCAAGCCCCAGGAGUACCUGUGACAUGCUUAAC